GGACCCGUCUGUCGCGGUUGUAUCUGGGAAGGAGAGAAAAUGGCGGCGGAGCCGAGCAAGACCGAGAUUCAGACUCUUUUCAAGAGGCUCCGCGCGGUCCCGACCAACAAGGCGUGUUUCGACUGCGGCGCCAAGAACCCGAGCUGGGCCAGCAUCACCUACGGCGUCUUCCUGUGCAUCGACUGCUCUGGGGUGCACCGCUCGCUGGGCGUCCACCUGAGUUUCAUCAGGUCCACAGAGUUGGAUUCCAACUGGAGCUGGUUCCAGCUGAGGUGCAUGCAGGUCGGGGGCAAUGCCAAUGCGACGGCUUUCUUCCGCCAGCACGGCUGUACCACUAAUGAUGCCAACAGCAAAUAUAACAGCCGUGCAGCCCAGACGUAUCGGGAGAAGAUUCGGCAACUGGGGAGUGCUGCCCUUGCCAAGUAUGGCACUGAUCUUUGGAUAGAUAGUAUAAACAGUGCUCCUGGCCAUUCCCCAGAAAAGAAAGACUCUGAUUUCUUCACAGAACAUACCCAGUCUCCGGCCUGGGAUGUGCCAGCUUCUGAGCCUCAAGUCCCUGAACAGCCGCCAGCCCAGCCCGUGGAGAGCAGUGUCCCCGAACAACCUCCGCAGGGCCCCAAGGCUGACCUGCUCAGCACUUCUCCCAAAACCUCCCUGGAACUGAAAUCCUCGAUUAUUGGCAAGAAGAAGCCAGCAACAGCUAAGAAAGGGUUGGGUGCCAAGAAGGGGCUGGGUGCCCAGAAGGUGAGCAGCCAGAGCUUCAGCGAGAUUGAGCGACAAGCCCAGGUGGCCGAGAAGCUUCGGGAGCAGCAGGCAGCGGAGGCCAAGAAGCAGGCCGAGGAGUCGGUGGUCACUUCCAUGCGUCUAGCCUACCAGGAGUUGCAAAUUGACCGCAAGAAAGAAGAGAAGAAGCUACAGAGCCUGGAGGGGCAGAAGCGGGAGCAGGCGGAGCGACUGGGCAUGGGCCUGGUGUCCCGAAGCUCUGUCUCUCAUUCGGUGCUAUCGGAGAUGCAAGUGAUCGAGCAGGAAACGCCGGUGAAUGCCAAGUCCUCCCGGUCCCAGCUGGACCUCUUCGAUGACACGGGUAGCUUUGCUUCCGGACCCCCUAAGUAUAAGGAUAACCCCUUUUCUCUGGGAGAUGGCUUUGCUUCCCGCUGGGACACAGAUGCCUCCUGGAGUGUGGACAGGAUAGAGGAGAAGGAGCCUGAGGUGACAAUCUCUAGUAUCCGGCCUGUUGCAGAAAGACCCACAAACUGGAGAGAGGUCGAGAGCCGGCCCUCAGCUGUGGAAUCCAACGAAGCCCGUCAGAAGUUUGCGGGAGCCAAAGCCAUCUCGUCAGACAUGUUCUUCGGGAGGGAAAUCGAUGCCGAGUACGAAGCCCGGGCUCGGUUGCAGCAGCUCUCAGGCAGUAACGCCAUCAGUUCUGCAGACCUCUUCGGGGAGGCAGACGGAGCCCAUGCAGCAGCGGGGGUGUCUCUGGGGAACGUGCUCCCUGCGGCAGACAUUGCCCAGUUCAAACAAGGAGUGAAGUCUGUGGCUGGGAAGAUGGCUGUCCUGGCUAACGGGGUGAUGAAUUCUCUCCAGGAUCGUUAUGGCUCCUACUGACCCAGGGCCCAUGGUGGCUCGUGGUGGUGGUGGUAGUGGUGGCAGCGGCAGCAGCAGCAAGAGAAACCUGUGUUCCCUUGAGCAGGGAUGCUAGCCCAGUGGUAGUUGUGGGGGAUGUGUGUGUGAGUGUGUGCGUGUGUGAGCGGUGUGCAUGUGUGCGUGCGUGUUUGUGUGUGCACGCCAGCACCAGUAGGGUGGCCUUGGGAAUGCUGGGUGAAGGGAAUGGUCAGACACCAGCCCCCUUCUCCCUUCCUGCCUCCUCACCCCUAGCCCUUUCCUUUCAAACCCUCACCUCCUGGGUGCUAGGUCAGUGUCCCCUUCCUUCCUGCCGUCCCUCUCUCCCUCCCUUCAUCACAGCUGCUACUCCCCCAUGACUCGCUGUGCUGGGGCGGGGUGGGGGGGAGAAUUCUCUUAGUGUCUCCCAGAGCCAGGGUGAUCUUCAUUCUCUUCCCUGCCUCCCCCGCCCUCAGAAAGGAAAGGUCAGAGGGUAUCGAGGCCUUUUUAGUGUCCUUUUGGUCUGACUUGCUAUCCUUGAGCCCAGAGGGAAUAUUCGGCUAGAUCCCUUUUCAGUCUGGGCUCCACGGGGAGGGAGGGAGGGAGGGAGGUCGGCUUGGACAGAGGCCCAGGCUAGCGCCAGCCUCUAGGAGAUGGGCUGCACCCAGGAGCGCUGGGAGAGGAGAGACUUUGCUUUGAGCUUCACCUAAGGGCUAGAAACUGGAUCCCAUUGUCUACAAGUGCUCAGUUUUGAGCCAGAGUGGAGGCCCCUGUGAUUUCUCUCCUGCAUCCCCACCCCUAUUUGCACUAAUCACUUCUGCCUUCACAGUGGAGGGAGGCCAUGGCCCUUCCUCCUCCCUCCUUGGCUGGGGUGUGUCUGGGGCCAGGGUCAGCAAUUCCUCCUGCUUCACCUCAGGGCCUGGGGUCGUGGCCAGGUGCUGUCCUAUGUGCUUUGGACUCCAGGAGGUGCCACAGCAUGGCCACUUCUUGGUUCCUUUCCAUGGGUCUGAGCUGUGGUCCCAAAGUCUGGGGCAGGUACCGCCUGGCUCCCCCCAAGCCCUCCCCCCGCUGACUAGAUGCUGCUGGGAGCAGUGAGAGAGCUGGGAAAGGGGAGCAGGCUCUCAGGCGAGCUCUGCUCUCCCCUUGCGGGCUGGGAGGCUGCGGUUCUCUACCCAGCUGGCACUUAACGGCGUGGGCUGUGCCACUGCUCUGUGAUCACUGCACCUGGCCACAGAGGGCUGUGGAGCUGCUCAGCACCAUGGGAUACUCUCCUCUUUCCUUCCCACCUUCCCCCAAAGGGACAUGACUUGCUUUAUGGACUUAUUUGUAUUAUUUGGAAAAAAGUGGUGUCAAUAAAGUCCAAGCUGGGCCCAGGGCCCUGCUUUGGUCUGAGCUGAAA